UCUAUUGGCGGGAAGUUGGCAGGCAUAGGGAGGGGCAGAACGAGCCUGGCAGUGUCAGUGACAUUGCCUCAGCCGCUGCCUGGGAGAUGAGUCCCGGGCUGGGGCGCUUACUCUGCGCCGGAGCUGUGCGAUGUGGCCGCGCUGUGUGGUGGCGGGGGGUGUCAGGCGGGGCACGCCGGUCAGUAACUGGCAGCCUUGUGUUACAGCAGAGUUCUGCAUGGAGGCCGGCUCCAGUAUUAUCCUUUCUGGGCUCUAAACCAUGGAAAGAGAAGUCAAAAGAAUCUGGCUCACAGGGCAGCAGUGGGGACAAGAAGAAAAGAGAUGACAAGAAGAAAGAGUCUGCCUGGUGGCAGAGGAUACAGAAGGGCGACUUUCCGUGGGACGAUAAAGAUUUCCGCAACCUGCUCUUUCUGGCAGGUGGACUUGUCUUUGGGUUUGCGGUGUUUUACCUGAAGGAUUCGGGAAAGGAGAUCAGCUGGAAAGAGUUUGUGCAGCUGUACCUAGAGAGAGGGCUGGUGGAGCGGCUGGAGAUUGUAAACAAGCAGUACGUAAGAGUGAUCCCUGGCCACGGAGCCACGGCCGAGGCACACGCGUGGUUUAACAUCGGCAGCGUGGACAGCUUUGAGCGCAACCUGGAGGUUGUGCAGAACGAUCUGGGAAUAGAACCGGCUGAUCGCGUCACUGUCGUGUACAACACGGAGAGCGAUGGGUCCUUUCUGCUGAACCUCAUUCCCUCGCUGCUCAUCAUAGGCUACCUGUUCUAUAGCCUGCGGAGGGGUAUGAUGGGCUCCGUCAGAGGCGGGAAAGGGGGUGGAAUUUUCGGUGUCGGAGAGACCACCGCCAAGAUGCUGAAAGAAAAUAUCAACACCAAGUUCCGGGACGUGGCUGGGUGCGAGGAGGCCAAGCUGGAGAUUAUGGAGUUUGUGAAUUUCCUGAAAAACCCCAAACAGUACCAAGUGCUGGGGGCAAAGAUACCGCGGGGGGCAAUGCUCACUGGACCCCCAGGCACUGGUAAGACCCUACUUGCUAAGGCCACAGCUGGGGAAGCCAACGUCCCGUUCAUCACUGUGAAUGGAUCAGAGUUCCUGGAAAUGUUUGUCGGCGUUGGCCCAGCCAGGGUGCGAGACAUGUUUUCUAUGGCCCGAAAGAAUGCCCCGUGCAUUCUCUUUAUUGAUGAGAUCGACGCUGUUGGCAAGAAGAGGGGACAAGGGAGCUUUGGUGGGCACAGUGAGCAAGAGAACACCUUAAACCAGCUGUUGGUGGAGAUGGAUGGUUUUAAUUCAGACACAAACGUGGUUAUCUUGGCCGGCACAAACCGCCCGGACACCCUAGAUCCAGCUUUGAUGAGACCGGGACGAUUUGAUCGGCAAAUCUUCAUAGGUCCUCCUGAUAUUAAAGGCAGGGCCUCCAUUUUUAAAGUUCACCUGCGUCCUUUGAAGUUGCCUGAAAGUCUCAGCAAGGAUGCCUUAUCCCGGAAGUUGGCGGCUCUAACUCCUGGCUUCACAGGUGCUGACAUUGCCAACGUCUGCAACGAGGCAGCGCUGAUUGCGGCAAGACAUCUAAAUGAGUUUGUGGUUGAGAAGCACUUUGAGCAGGCCAUCGAGCGGGUUAUUGGAGGACUGGAGAAGAAGACUCAGGUCCUUCAGCCGGAAGAGAAGCGCACGGUGGCCUACCAUGAAGCUGGACAUGCUGUGGUUGGCUGGUUCUUGGAACAUGCUGACCCUCUACUCAAGGUGUCAAUCAUUCCGCGUGGGAAGGGCUUGGGUUACGCCCAGUACCUCCCUAGGGAGCAGUACCUCUAUACCAAGGAGCAGCUAUUUGACCGCAUGUGUAUGAUGCUGGGGGGCCGCGUGGCCGAACAGAUCUUUUUUGGUCGCAUUACAACCGGCGCACAGGACGAUCUGCAGAAGGUCACACACACCGCGUACUCACAGGUUGUGACCUUCGGGAUGAGCAAGAAGGUGGGGCAGGUGUCUUUCGACCUUGCACGUCAAGGGGAACUUUUUGCAGCAAAACCGUAUAGCGAGGCAACUGCAGAGCUUAUUGACCAGGAGGCCAGAGAAUUAAUCGUCUCUGCGUACGAGAGAACCCUGCAGCUGCUAACGCAGCGCAAAGAGCAGGUGGAGAAGGUCGGGGAGCGUUUGCUGGAAAAGGAGGUUCUGGAAAAAUCGGACAUGAUUGAUCUAUUAGGUCCUAGACCUUUCGCUGAGAAGUCCUCCUAUGAAGAGUUUGUAGAAGGGACUGGUAGCUUUGAGGAGGACACGUCUUUGCCAGAAGGUCUGAAAGACUGGAACCAAGAGAGAAGCGAAACGCAGGACGCAAAACAGUAGAGUCGCUCUUACCUCUUAAUGAGACAUUUAUUCUCCUAAUGAAUUUUAAUCUCAGGGAGGACGACCAAGAAAAUAAUGGGCCAAGUUUCUUCCUUUUUUGUGUGUGUGUAUAAUAUCUACCAGCAGUGCCUCCGGAAUAGCCACAACGAGGGGAAUUCUCUUCUAGGGACUUGUCAGCCAAGCCCUGUGUGAUAGAGCUUUGGUCUGAGGCGUUCAGGAGACUUCCCCCGUGUUACAUGCAGGGUCUGUCUGUCUCUGCGCUCCUUAGUGAUUGGACGGUACGGUGUGGACACGCCUCCAGUCUCACGGGAACUCCCCCCCCCCCCUGCUAGCAGUGAUUUCCAGGCAUCUUCACUGCAGUCUCCCGACUUAAUGGCUGCACAAGUGUCUGUCCAGUUCAGCUGGAAGUUUCAGGUACAGUAGGUGAUGCUGUAUAAAAUCUAUUUAACAUUUUCUAUUGGUGCGUUACAUUUUACGAGUAGGAGAGGCGAUGCUAGCGACUGGAACAUCACAUUUCCCAGUUAAAGAUUAUUAUGGAAGUCUUCUAUUACUGGUGGUGUAAAUCACACGUGAUUAAAUAAGAUUUCCUCAUA